AGAGCAAAUCUUUCCUGCAGGGUAUUGUUUAAAAGCCAGAGCACACCAUAUAGCCAAAUAUCUGGUUCUCAUUCAGGACACUGAAUUUUACACACUGUAUGAACUUGGUAGGCUGUUUUCACAUUUUACCUUGGGGAGCCACCAGGUAUUUCAUGAGUUGUCAUAAAUCAGGCAGCAAUGAUGGGUCCAGUCUUUCUCAUGAUUCAUCACUGACAUUAAUUCCCUCUUCUAAAUGGGUGACAAUGAAAUACUUCUUGUAUUUGGCUGCUGCUGCUGGCUUCCUGCCUAUUUUGAUUAUAAGAGCAAAACUAGCUUCAGUUCCAUAUAAUACACUCCUCACUGAAUUGGCAACUGUCCAAGAAGAAAUCCUGACUGUACAUAACACCCUCAGGAGAGGAGUAGUUCCAUUAGCCAGCAACAUGCUGAAGAUGAAUUGGAGUGAAGAAGCUGCACAAAAUGCCAGAGUGUUGUCAAAGCAGUGUGAAUUAAGAGAGAGCAGCUCACUUAAGAGGCGAAUUAUAAAUACUUUUUGUGGAGAAAACAUGCAUAUGACAACUUAUCCUAUCUCAUGGUCAAAUGUAAUUAAAAUCUGGUACAAUGAAUCUGAAUAUUUCAAGUAUGGGGAAUGGACACCAAUGGACAGUGACAUUGAGCAUUAUACUCAGCAUUAUACUCAGGUUGUUUGGGCCACUUCUUAUCUCAUUGGCUGCGGAAUAUCAUCAUGCCCCAAAAGAAAGUUGACUCAGUAUCUCUAUAUUUGUCACUAUUGUCAUGAGGGAAAUGAUCCUGCCAAAAGGAAUGAACCUUAUAACGCAGGAAGUCCAUGUGGAGACUGCCCAAAUGACUGUGAAAAUAAACUUUGUACUAACCCCUGCCUCUACUAUGAUGAAUACAGUAACUGUCAGAUACAAAAACGUAGUUUCGGAUGCAGCCCACAGUCAGUUCAACAAUUCUGCAAAGCUAGUUGUCUCUGUGACAAGAAGAUAAAGUAA